CUGCCAGGAGGGCUUGCCAGAUGCUCAAACCGGUCAAAAUCUCACACCCUCCUUGUCCCCAACCCGUCCUGGCUCCAGCUAGGGCUAGAUUUCAAUCUGCAUAAUUUGCCCCACUUAGAGAAGAUGGGAGGGGGUGAGAACAGGAGGGUGGUGAGGACUGAGCGGGGGAGGGGGUGGGUGCACUCCAAAGAUUAGAGGAAACCAGAGGGAUAGAGGCGGGACCAGGAGGAGAGUGGGCUGCAAGCCACAGAUAACAUUCUGCCCAGCACGGCAGGGGUCAAUUUGGUUCACUUGCCCAGUGACAAGAAGGGAAAAGAAAAAAAAAAAAAAAAAAAAAGUGGGCUGUAACCUAAAGAUCUUAAGACUCACAAGUGAGGGGUUGGUUUGGAAGUGGGAGGAGGGAGUGAGGAGCUGAGGAGGAGACGGGACAGACUCGGGAGGGUGCAGGAAGCUCUGAGCUGGGGCUGGGGCCAGGCAGGAGAGGGUGGGGAAGUCUGUGGGCGCAGUCAUCCUCCCGGGUCCGGUCCAGAGGCAGCUUCUUCCCGCUGUUGGGACGGCUCUGGACACCUUUGGCUCCUCUUGCCUGUAUUCCAAGGCGCAAGCCAGACGCCCCGGGCCGCUUGCUUGCUUGCUGAGCUGGUGACACAGGACACAGCCACAGAGCUGGGACCCUCUGCCUGCCUGCUCUCUGCCCGGCAAGCAGCAUGGAGGAAAGUAGCGAAUUUGACAACGACUAUGGGGCGGACAACCUGUCCGGGUGUGAGUACACGGACUGGCAGUCGUCGGGGGCCCUCAUCCCGGCCAUCUACAUGCUGGUCUUCCUCCUGGGCACCACGGGCAACGGCCUGGUGCUCUGGACCGUGUUCCGGAGCAGCAGCCGGGAGAAGCGGCGCUCGGCGGACCUCUUCAUCUCCAGCCUGGCGGUGGCCGACCUGACCUUCGUGGUGACCCUGCCGCUGUGGGCCACCUACACGUACCGGGACUACGACUGGCCCUUCGGCGCCUUCGCCUGCAAGCUCAGCAGCUACGUCGUCUUCGUCAACAUGUACGCCAGCGUCUUCUGCCUCACGGGCCUCAGCUUUGACCGCUACCUGGCCAUCGUGAGGCCGGUGGCCAACGCGCGGCUGCGGCUGCGGGCGAGCGGGGCGGCGGCCACGGCGGCGCUGUGGGUGCUGGCCGCCCUGCUGGCCGCGCCGGCCAUGCUGCUGCGCGCCACGAUCGAGGUGCCCUCCGGCCCGGAUAACGGCACCAAGGUGCAGUGCUACAUGGACUACUCCCUGGUGGCCUCCGACAACUCCGAGUGGGCCUGGGAGCUGGGCCUGGGCGUCACGUCCACGGCCCUGGGCUUCGUGGUGCCCUUCACCGUCAUGCUCACCUGCUACUUCUUCAUCGCGCAGACCAUCGCUGGCCACUUCCGCAAGGAGCGCGCCGAGGGCCUGCGCAAGCGGCGCCGGCUGCUCAGCAUCAUCGUGGUGCUCGUGGUGACCUUCGCGCUCUGCUGGCUGCCCUACCACCUGGUGAAGACCCUCUACACGCUGGGCAACCUGCUGCGCUGGCCCUGUGCCUUCGACCUCUUCCUCAUGAACGUCUUCCCUUAUUGCACCUGCAUCAGCUACGUCAACAGCUGCCUCAACCCCUUCCUCUACGCCUUCUUCGACCCCCGCUUCCGCCAGGCCUGCACCUCCAUGCUCUGCUGUGGCCUCGGCCGCCGGUGUGGGGCCGCCUCCCACAGCAGCAGCGGCGGGGAGAAAUCGGCCAGCUACUCCUCCGGGCACAGCCAGGGGCUCGGCCCCAACCCCGGCAAGGGCGGGGAGCAGACCCAGGAGAAGUCCAUCCCCUACAGCCAAGAGACCCUGGUGGUGGACUAGGGCUGGGACCCCCAGAGAAGCCUGGUGCCCUCUGCACGCCUGGGUGCAUGCCCUUGCUCCCUGGCAGUCAGGUAGCACCAGGGCACUCUUGCUCAUGCACGGGGACGCCAUCCUGGCUCCCUGCCUCCCGCCUUCCUCUUGCACUCCUCCUUUCUCCUUUAGUGUUUGGUCAGAGGUUGCGGUGUGAUGGAAGGAGACUGAGCCCUGCAGGUCUGAGCUCGGCCACUCAACAGCUGUGAGGCUGACUUUGCACAAGUCUCUUAACUUCUCCGAGCCUCAGUGUCUCCAUUUGUGUAUGUAUAAUGGGGGAAGUCAUACGGGCACUGCAAUGAUGGGUGCGUCUGGCUCGGGAAAAGUUGGUGUCUUCCCAACCCUAUCUCCCCUCCCCUCAUCCUUUAUUCUGGGAUCCCAGUUCUUUCCCCCCCCUUCCUUUCUGUUUAGAUUUCUCUACCCUCUCCCUCCCUUUGUUUUUCCCUCUAUUUCUGUAUAGUUGUCCCCCUCCUCUGAAUCCUUAGCUCUGGCUUCCGCCCCUUUCUCAUAGCUCAUGCCUCCCCUCAAUCCAUCCGUCCUCUGUCACCUCCUUAUUGUGAGGGGCUCCUAAGGGUUAAGAAUCCUGAAGCUUGCAAACACUGUUCCUGUUCAAGCUCUUUAUCCUGUUCUCUGAGGAAGCCAAGGGGACCGGCUGGGGCGGGGGUGGGCUGGGUGUCAGGGACAAGUUAGCACUAGCACUCCAGGCUGCAGGAGCUCCAAAACUUUCCUCCAAACCGGGUCAGAGUGCUGUGAUUUCAGGCACCUCUGGGGGCUCCCUUCCCACAGCCCAUCUGUGAAUCCUAGCGCUCUCUGCAGUUUCCCGGGGCGCUGUCACUCAUCCUCUGAUCUCUGCGGGAACUGGAGGGCAGUGGGUUCACAAGCAAUGGGUUCCUUGGAUUCCUCCUGUGAAUGGGGGGUUGGGAAGGGACAGGGAGAAAAAGGGGAGUCAGCAUUGGGUCUAUAUGUGACUUGGCUUCUCUCCCACAGUCUUGCCCCUCCAACCUCCUCCAGAGCCCAGCUUACCCCACCCCACCCCACCCCACCCGGCACCCCAGGAUGCGUUUCUUGGGCACUGGUGCUACUCCGUGCCAAGAGUCAACUUGGGAUGUGGUGGCGAUGCUUGCUUUGAGUGUGUAUAUGUGUAUAUAUGUAAACCUGGGUGAACAUAACAUGACAGCAGGGUGCCUGUGCCACUUGUCACUUGGAUGACCCCCCCCCUCACCUCUAUUCUUCACACAGUAUGUUUGAGAGAAGAAGGGACAUAUUGAGGCAAUAUGGAAUAAAAGGGAGCCCACCCCCACUGGAUUUGGGGGUUCUGACGGCUGGUCCGUGCUUUAAGAGAGAAGCCUGUGUUUGUGUUUGUUCCUGGCUCCCUGUAGGGACAUCUCUCCCCAGAGCUGCUGACACUGAGGCUUGGGGAUGAACUAGGGUUCUAUGUGCUGGGUCCCAGUACCUUUCCUAGUUCCAUGAGGGAACCAGGAGGCUGGUGGAGAGCCUCCCUUGGCCCUAUUCUCAUCUUGCUUUGAGUUUCUGGGCGUUUUCUUCAGCAUCCUCCCUUUUUCCAGGGUCUGGGACUCUCUUCCUAAGGGGGAGGGGGGCUCCUCCUUGCCUUGGGGUAAAGAGCCCUGUGGGUUUUUCUCACUCCACCAUCAGGAUCGGACCCCUUGGCUUCUCCUGCUUGGUUGGGGGCUGAGAGCAGUGCCUGGAGCAGCCGUGCAGAGCUGAGAGCAUGAGUUCACACAUCCAGAGGGCAACAUUGAUGGUCUGUCCUUUGUGAGCUGGGGCAGGGUGUGUAUAUUCCGGGUUUUGUCUUUGGAGGAUUCUACAUGUGAAGGAUAAGACAUCAGCUGCGGAGGCAGGAAGAGCCCAGCUUGGUGUAAAUGGACAUCUUGGUCAUUGCUGGGAUGGAGCCAACUUGGAGUGGAGGCAGGAGGAGAAGGAGAAUAAAGAGACUCAGCUUAGUAGUCUCCCUGCCACAAGCCAGAAUCUUCCACAGACUCACUUUCUCAGCCCAGGGCUGUCCUUAAAGCAUCCAGUCAAGGGUGAAAGAAGCUUCUAGAAGGGAAGAGGGUGUGCCCCUCAGAGACCCUCCUGGGGACUUGCAGAGACCUCCCACCUGGAACUCAUCGGUGGUCCUGGAUAGAGAGUGGAGGAGGCUGCUUGCAGUGACCCUCCCCUGUCCCCAGCCUGCCUCUUCUUGGAAUGUCUGUGCUAUUUUCUGACCCUAUUGGUCACUGCGGUUCAUCAAAUAAAUCUGUUUUGUGUAA